GCGGGCGGGCCUGAUGGCGGCGAGUUCCGUGUUUACACCCAAGAGGACAGAGAGCAGAGCGCGGUGUCACUGAGUAAGCAGCGGUCGAGAGGAUAACGUCAGUAAGAGAGAAGAGGGGGGAAGAACGAGAUGCAUCUGCUCGCUUGAGGACGCUUUCCUCCCUCCAAUAAUAACAAUUAAAAUCAAGGGGGCAGCGGAUAACAAACAUAAGCGGACGUUUCCAACUGUUUGCAGAACGGAAUGUUUUCCAGAAAGCCUCAUGGAGACGUCAAGAAAUCUACACAGAAAGUUCUGGACCCAAAGAAGGAUGUGUUAACCCGCCUCAAGCACCUGAGGGCUCUGCUAGAUACUUUGGAAAGAAGUGAACUGAAGCAAUUCUUUGAAACCAACUACUCUCAGAUCUAUUUUAUAUUCUUCGAAAACCUGUUCACACUGGAAAGUAGCUUAAAACAAAAAGGGAAUAAGUCCCAGAGGGAGGAGCUGGACUCCAUCCUCUUUGUAUUUGAGAAAAUACUUCAACUUCUUCCAGAGAAGAUUAAUAGUAGAUGGCAGUUCCACAGUAUAGGCUCAAUUUUGAAGAAACUUCUGCACACUGGAAAUUCCAUUAAGAUAAGAUGUGAAGGAAUCCGCCUCUACCUACUUUGGCUUCAAGCACUGCAAGAGAAUUCUUCUGAUGAGCAGCUGACUUUAUUUGCUUGUCUAGUUCCUGGUUUCCCUGCUGUUUCAUCUCGAAUUGGACCAUGUACUUUAGAUACGCUCAUAAAUCCUUCUUACAAUAUAUCUGAUGUAAAAAUUGCUGCAGAAGAUAUUACUCCACUGUUACCUUCAGUUUUGGGAGAAAAGAUAUCAGAGGAUCAGACUUCAUAUAUGCUUCAAAUCCUUUUGAAGUACAUGGUAACUCAGGCUGCAAGCUUGGAAUGGAAGAAUAAAGAAAAACAAGAAAGUGGUUUCAAAUUCCUUUUUGCCUUAUUUAAGAAGUUCUACCUUUCCCACUUAUUCCCAUCCUUCACAAAAUUUACCAAUCUUUACAAUCCUGUACUUGAAAUUCCUCAAAUGAGGCCAAAGCCACUGUACAUUAAUAUAACACGAAACAAUGAAAGCGUUUACAGCACACAGGACCAAUACUUAGCAGCUCGAGUGGCAUUUAUUAAAUGGCUUGUGACCUUUUUCCUGGAAAAGAAAUACACACCUACUAGUCAGAACACUAAGAAUGGUGGAGAAAUGCUACCUAAAAUUAUCCAGCAGUCAGUGGCUGCCAAUUCAUCAGGUCAGGAGAAAGCCGCUGAAAUGGAAACAAAUGGGUCUUCUGAACAAGACCGAUCUCACUCCAACAGCAGUACACUAUCUGAAAGAAGACUCAGUUGUUCCAGUACCUGUAGCAUAGAAGAGGAACACCGGUCAGUUUACGAAAUGGUUCAGAGAGUACUACUUUCAUCUCAAGCUAAUGUGAAUUUUAUCAAUGAAGUUUUUCAUCAGGGGUUUCUGCUACCUUCUUGUGAAGCAUCAGCAAUAAAAAAAGUUGUUAGAGUUUAUCGGAAAUGGAUCUUGCAAGAGAAUAAACCUUCAUUUAUGGCAGAGCCAGAAGUAAUUGACACAGAUGAAGAUACAGUUGAUCAUUCAGAGCAGCUCUCUCUAAUGCUGCCAAAUAACAAAGAGUCCAUUCAACAGGCAAGGCACAGGCGAUCAUCUAGCUGGGGAAGAACAUAUUCAUUUACAAAUGCUAUCAACCGGGGCUGUAUAUUUGAAGAAGAAAAUGGAAAUGUUCAGGCUGGUAUUCAGUCAACAUUGCAAGUUUUUUUGACCAAUUCUGCAAAUGUGUUCCUGUUGGAACCCUGCAAUGACGUCUCAAAGAUCAUUGAUGAACAGAUUGACGUGUGCAAGGCUGUCCUGAGUAUCUAUAGGCACAUGAUCAUGGAGUUAACCAUGAAUGAAAAGACAUGGGAGCAACUUUUGCGAGUAUUGCUGAAGAUCACUGAAACAAUUAUGCAAAAGCAACAGGAUUUGCAUAAACAAGAUACUUUUGCGCAACAUAUGGCUGAACUACUUUUUCGGACCCUUAUUGUCGCUUGGAUACGAGCUAAUUUGAGUGUCCAUGUUUCAAGAGAGCUAUGGGAUGAACUGCUGUCUGUGCUAUCAUCUCUCACCAUGUGGAGUGAGCUGAUCACUGAGUGGGCAAAGAUCAUGGAUUCUCUUACUGUUGUGUUAGCGAGAUGUGUAUACAGUCUCGAUAUGAACAACUUACCGCUGGACAAACUGAGUGAACAAAAGGAAAAGAAACAAAGAGGGAAAGGAGUUUAUCAAGAUCUUAGUAAAGGAACUGGAGUGGGUAGGUCCUUUUCUCUGAGCUGGAGAAAUCAAGCUGAUGGCACACAAGAGCAUAUGCGAUUUCGAAGUGCAACUACCUCUGGAGCCCCAGGUGUUGAGAAAGCCAGAAAUAUUGUCCGCCAGAAAGCAACAGAAGAUGAAGAGCCCCAACAACCAGACAGUAUACUAGAUAAUGAAGAACUCAUUGCCAAUACAUUAGAGCACGAACAAAAGCUGACCCAUAGCAGCAGCACUUCUGACAUUGCUGAACAGCUAUGUGCUGAUCGAUUGCAAGGAAAAAGAAGGGAACAUUCAUCUAGUUUCAGUAACUCUGAAUCAAAGAUUACUGUUGCUGAAAACAGACAGUCUGGAGGGAAGGAGAACAAGGCUCCAAUUAUCAUGAUACGUAGAAGCAGUAGCACUGGUGACCCAGAAAGUAAUCCAGAUGAACUUCAGCCACCUCGAGAAGGAUACAAUUUGAGAGCUAAAAGUGGGAGUAUUAGCAGUGAAACUUCAAAUGGUUUUAAUAAUUUCAAUGAAACGAAGAUUUCCUUAACUCAGUGGAAGAGAUUUGAUGAAGGAUCAGAUAUCAGUGCAGUGGAUGGUGCUGUUGAUGCAGAUACUAAUUGCAGCUGGCAGAAGGUGAAUUCUUCCAACCCUACUGUUCUUGCAGGAUCAGGCACUACAUUUUCAACUUGUGCAGAGCCACAACUUCCUAGCAUUUCUUCAGUUUACUCUAUACAACCUGAACCUAAGGAUUCACCCACACUCUUGGAUGAGAAGCUGCAAAUUCCUGAUGAUUUAGAGAGUGGUGAAUACCUUGCCGAUGAAUGCAGUAUCAUCGCUGGAGGAAACCUCACUGGUUGGCAUGCUGAUGCAGCUGCUGUGCUGUGGAGAAGAAUCCUGGGCAUUUUGGGCGAUGUCAAUAGCAUAAGCAACCCUAAAAUUCAUGCCAUGGUUUUUGAAUAUUUAAAUGAACUCUGGCAUAAACUAGCUAAGAUUAGAGACAACCUUGGUAUCAGUUUAGAUAAUCAGGCUUCACCACAAUCUCCAGUUCUAAUUCCGCCUCUUCGCAUGUUUAUGUCAUGGUUAUUUAAGGCAACAACCUUGCCCAAUGAAUAUAAGGAAGGAAAACUACAUGCAUACAAGCUGAUCUGUGACAUUAUGACUAAACGCCAAGACAUCUUGCCAAACUCUGAUUUCCUAGUGCACUUUUAUCAUGUGAUGCACAGAGGUGUUGUGUAUGAGGAUCAGGAUGUGCUGAACAUACUUACUAAGCAUUGUUCCCCUCGCUUCUUCUUACUUGGAUUACCUGGUUUCACCAUGAUGAUAGGAGAUUUCAUCACAGUUGCCACCCGGGUCCUCAACUCAGAUAUGCCAGAUGCACCACGUUGUGAAGCACAAAUUCUUCUUGGAUCCCUGGUUUGUUUUCCUAAUCUAUACCAACAGAUGUCGCUACUACAGCCUGUUAGUGGUGCUACAGAUAUCAUCACAGGAAAUGAAGAUAUCAAGGAUUAUUUGGUAAAUAUCUUGAUGAAAAAUGCAAGGAAUGAAACCUGUGAGACUGCACGCUGCAUUGCAAUGUGUAGUCUUGGAAUCUGGAUUAGUGAAGAACUGGUGCAGUGCACAAACCACGCUCAGGUCCAAGAUGCUCUCAAUGUAUUAGGUGUGACACUUAAGUUUUCCAACAAAGUAGUUGCUGAAGUGGCUUGUGACAUGCUGCAACUGUUGGUUACUCAUAUGGAAAAGCUUAAGAAGUAUGAAUCACAGCUUCCCAAGAAAAUUGCUGAGAUCCUUGUUGCCACUAUUGCAUUUCUCUUGCCCAGUGCAGAGCAUUCCUCUGUUGAUGCAGAUAAAAGGUUAAUAGUGUCCCUGCUACUCUGUCUCUUGGACUGGUGUAUGGCAAUGUCAGUGGAAGCUUUAUUGGAGCCUAUUAGUGCAGCUUUGAUGGAAGACCAAAUGGCACGGCAAGCACCUUUACUAGAUUACAUAUACAGGGUAUUACACUCAUGUGUUUAUGGCUCUAACCUCUUUACUCAACAAAGUCAAUACCUGCUGACUCUUGCAGAUGUCUCCUCUACAGAAUAUGAUCCAUUUUUGACAUUGGGAAAUGUCAAAAAUUCUGAACCAACAUAUUCCUAUGUCUCAAAAGAUUUAGGCAGCCUUCUUACUAUCACUGAAAGUAAGAAGAGGAGAAGUUUGGAGUUGGUCCCUCUUACAGCACGUAUGGUAAUGACACACCUAAUUAACCAUUUGGGUCACUAUCCACUCAGAGGAAGUCCUGCCAUACUUCAUAGCCUCAUCAGUGAGAACCAUGACAACCCGUAUGUGGAAUCAUCAGACCUAUCUGCUGAGGUUUUCAAAAGCCCAAAUUUGCAACUUUUUGUGCUUAAUGAUAGCACCCUUAUUUCUUAUCUUCAAAUUCCCGCUGAAACCGUGAUGUUAGAAAGGACGUCUAGUAAUGAUCCAAGCCUUCCUGCGUCAGAUGUGAGGGUGAUUGUGCGUGAUAUCUCUGGAAAGUAUUCUUGGGAUGGUCAGAUUCUGUAUUGUCCGUUUAGCAAUCCAAUGAACUGUUCUAAUGACAGUAGGACAUCCCCCUCUACAAAUGUUACUUUUAUGGGUGAUGGUCAGUGUGACAUGCAGAAGCCUGAUUGCAGUGCACAUCAACCAGAGGAAGAUAAUCUUGAUCAGCUGCUUGAGGACUUAGUUAACACCAGUCCAGAAUGUUUGCCACAUCCGAAACUGGGACUCGGUGAGCCAGCGCCACCACCAGUUGGAAUGAACGGUGAUCAGGAAAAGAACAUCAUGGAUGCUAUAAUGAGACAAAGCAAUCAGGAGGAGGAAUACGUGAGAAAGUGGAGCAAGGAUUAUUGUAUGAGUGUGGCCAGUCAAAAAGAAUCUACUCAUCAUGAACCUCAGGCACCCUUUUACUACUGUAGACUCUUUCUUAAUGACAUGGGAAUGAAUUCUUGGGACCGAAGGAACAGUUUCCACCUUCUAAAGAAAAACUCAAAACUGCUAAGGGAACUAAAAAAUUUGGAUUCAAGGCAAUGUCGGGAAACUCAUAAGAUUGCCGUGUUUUAUAUCAUGGAAGGACAGGAAGACAAGUGCUCAAUUCUCUCAAACACUGGAGGAAGUCAAGCCUAUGAAAAUUUUGUCUCUGGACUAGGCUGGGAGAUUGACCUGUCCACACAUUGUGGUUUCAUGGGCGGCCUGCAACGUAAUGGAAGUACAGGCCAAACUGCACCUUACUAUGCUACCUCUACAGUGGAAGUCAUUUUUCAUGUUUCAACAAGAAUGCCAUCGGAUUCUGAUGAUUCAAUAACAAAAAAACUUCGUCACUUGGGAAAUGAUGAAGUUCACAUCAUCUGGUCAGAGCACACAAGGGAUUAUCGCAGGGGAAUCAUUCCUACAGAUUUUGGUGAUGUCUUAAUCAUCAUUUAUCCGAUGAAAAAUUGCAUGUUCUACAUUCAAAUCCUCAAGAAACCAGAAGUCCCAUUUUUUGGUCCCCUCUUUGAUGGAGCCAUUAUAAAUGAAAAACUUCUGCCAAGUCUCGUUCGUGCCACAGGCAUCAAUGCUAGCCGAGCUGUGAAGUGUCUCAUACCCCUGUACCAGAGCUUUUAUGAAGAAAGAGCUCAGUACGUUGAAGCAAUAGUUCAGCAACACAAAGAGGUCAUGCCAUUUGAAGAUUUUGCAUCCCAAGUCUUCGCACCCUCCCCAAGCUACUCCCUCAAUAACAUGGAUUUAAAUAUUUAAACGUCUAAUUACAGUUAUUGUUAAAGGCUUGUGCUGGGCAACUAGAAGAUUGUAAUUGGUAGGUCUUAUCUGGAGACUGCUGUUCAACUGUUCACCUCGUGCGGCUGGCAAAGGGGGGAUGAUGGAGGCAUCCUUGCAACAUCUAGGAAAUUCUACCAGCGGUUGGGAGGAAGAAGGUGUCAGAAGAAGUUGCCUUUCUAAGAAAAGUAUUUUCCAUAUUCUUUGCUGACUUCCUCACAACAAAUACUCUGUUCAGAAGCAAGUUAAUUUGCUAUUAGGCCCCUUACAGGAGUUAAGGGAUCUCAAGAUCUGAUUACUAUUGAGACAUUCACCUGAAUCCAAUGGAACAACUAGCUGAAGACGAAACCAGUGGGAACAACACAGAGGGUUACCAAGAACUGAAAAUGGAACUGGUUUGGUUUUACUGGUGCUAUUGAUUUCUUUUAUAAGACAUUACAUGAGAACACAGAGGGUUACCAAGAACUGAAAAUGGAACUGGUUUGGUUUUACUGGUGCUAUUGAUUUCUUUUAUAAGACAUUACAUGAGAACAUCAACUAAAUAUAUCUAAAAAAAACAAACUUUCAUUUUCUUAAGAUGUACCCAGAGGGAAGAAACCAAUAUGACUGGGGAGGUAAAGCAGAGGUAGUGUGGGAAAAUUAGUCAGUCACAUAACCUGAAUAGAUGAGCUAAAAAUAAAGGUCAGAUUUCUAUUAAAUAAUUUAUUUUAAAACAGUCAAAACAGCUUAAAUAACUGAAGAUUUUUAUGUUUUAAUUGGCCAUGUUGGUAGUAACAAUUUAUAAUAUUGUUUUGCCAUCAACAGUAUGCCUUAUUAGUUCAUAUCCACUUCAAACUGAGUGCUUCCCUCUGCCAAAGAUGUUAAUUUGAACUUGAAUGGGCUGACCUGACUAUGCUCAUAUCUGGCCCCUUGCUCCCUAAUUUGUUCAUACUUUAUCCACGGGGUAUCGAUAUGCAUGUGAAGCUCAGUUUCAUUGCAUUUAGCUCUUCUCUAAUGUGGAAUGAGAGACCGAGACAAUUAAAACCCUAAUUAUUUAAAUAUUAGCAAUAUUUAACGAGACAGUGAAAUAAACAUUUUUGGCUUUAAGAGAAAUGCAGCCUUUCAAAUAGUGGAAUCCUAGUCUGUAAUCUUAGAUAUGCAGCUAAAAUAGUUUGUCCCAGUAUAGCUAAGAAUCUAAAUGUGUUCUCUGUCGUGUGCAUUUAGGUGAUUUUCUGUUUCUCACCAAUGUUUCCCAAAUAAUAAAAUCCCAAUAAAGUCGCAUCAAUAAAGACGUGACUGAAUGGAUUCAAAAUCAAAAUUAAAAUGGAAGUAUUAGAUAGUGGGCAACACUCAUGCAUCUCCUAGUGGCUAGUUGUAAAGCAACACCAAUUGAUAUACAAGAAAAUAAUCACUCUAAAUGAGAGAUGGCUAAAGAAUUUUUCCUUAUUAAUAGUGGUUAACUUCUAAAAUAAUAAAUUGUACUGACCUUUGGUUAUUUGAGGUGCAUGAAAGCUGACCUUUUUAGACACUAGCUUCUCUAAAAAAGAUGAGCAUUGACACUUGCAUGUUUUACAAGUUAAUGACUUUGAGAAAAAUAUAUAUGUUUUUCAUUGACAGAAUUCCCCUUCUUUGCCUCAUUGUAAUUUUAAAUCUUACAUGAGCUAUUCUGUUUGAAUCAAUCUCUCAUCAUGGCUUUAAAUAAAUAUUGAUCUGCAGCAUAAAAAUAGUGAUCGGUUAAGGAAGGAUCUUUAUUAUAUCAGGCACCAGAUCAGUUAAAUAUGAAACAAUGAAAAACAUAACUACAGAUUAAAUUUAUUUUAUAUAUUAAGCUAUAAAUUCCAAGCAGACAUAAUUAUAUGAAGUUAGUUUGAAUUUCCAAUUUGCACUAUAAAUUAUGAAAAUUUGCGUAAAGUAAUUAAGUAAAGCUAACAUUACUAAACAAAGCCCUUAAGAAAAAAUAAACAGAUCAAAAUAAAAUGUCCAGACGUGUGGCCAGGGAUCCAAUAAUCCAUAGAAAUAUAUGCAAGCAAGAUUAAGCUGUGCAAUCACUUUCUGAUUCCAUGAUAUCAUUCCUAAGGUAAUGCUGCUACACCCAGGUUUUCAUUGGGUUUUUUGCAUGAAUUACUCCAUGCAAUCUUUGGUUGUUGCUGAAGAUAUCAAAGAUGUUAUUAUUUGGUUGUCAAGCCUGAGUGGUGCCACAGCAACUACCUCUUACUCAAUGUCAGCAAGGCCAAGGAGCAGAUUAUUGACUUCAGAAAGAGGAAACCAGAGGUCCAUGAGACAGUCCUCAUUCGCCAGAGGUGAAGAGGGUCAACAAUUUUAAUUUCCUCGGUGUUAUCUCUUUGGAGGACCUGUCCUGGGCCCACCAUGGAAGUGCAAUUAAGAAGAAAGUACGACAGUGCCUCAACUUCCUUCAGAAUUUGCAAAGAUUCAGCAUGACAAACUUCUGUAGAUGUGUAGUGGAAUGUAUAACGACUGGCUACAUUGCAGCCUGCUAUGGAAACACCAAUGCCCUUGAAUAAAAAAUCCUAUAAAAAGUAGUGGAUACAGCCCAGUGCAUCACAGGUAAAGCCCACCCUACCAUUGACCACAUCUAUACAAAGUGUUGUUGCACGAAAGCAGCAUCCUUCAUGUCCACCACUCAGAUCAUGCUCUCUUCUUGCUACUGCCAUCAGGUAGAAGGUACAGGAGUUUCAGGACUCACAACAUCAGUUUCUGGAACACUUAUUACCGCUCAACCAUCAGCCUCUUGAACCAAAGGGGUAACUUUACUCAACUUCAUUUGCCCCAUCAUUGAAAUGUUCCCACAACCUAUGGACUCACUUUCAAGGACUCUUCAUCUCAUGUUCUUAAUAUUUAUUACUCAUUGUUUAUUACUACUUCUUUCUUUUUAUAUUUGCACAGUUUGUUGUCUUUUGUACACUGGUUGAUUGCCCAAUUUGGUGCGGUCUUUUAUUGAUUCUAUUAUGGAUUUAUUGAGUAUGCCCAGAAAAAAU